UGAGCUUUUGGCUUCAUGCUUCCAUGUAUCAAGCAUUCCGUGCAUGGACAUUCAGCUAAUGCUUUACACUAGUAAUAGAAAAUGACUAAUGGAAUCUUCUCAGUUGUGGAUAAUAAGGAUAUGAUAAUAUGUCACCUUUCCGGAUAAACAUCUACGAGCUGAGAUUGUUUAUUUUAGGCAGAAAUUAAUUGCCAAUCAGGGAAAGCUGCUUAUCUUUAGGCGACCUUAAAAGAUUAUCUGCACAACCGCAUGAACUUAAACUGUAAUCCUACACAGAUAGUAAACUGUUUCAAUUGCUCUUUAGGUAUUCCCUUUUUUCUGAAUCUACAAAAGUUUAUGUUGUCAUGUUUUCAAUGGACAUGUUUCGUUUGAUAAACAUUCACCCGGUGCAAGCAGCAUUGGAGCCUUCCUUGCACUUCCCUACCUCAUUGAAUAUGAAUUUUUAAGUUUGAUGUACUUACUCUUGCCGAAAGCAGUUGCUGUCCUGCACUGCUUUGUUUUGGCGACAGAUUUACCUUAUUUUGGCAUCAAUCUUCAAUGCUACGAUCAUACGCAGCUGGCACCAACGAUAGAUUUUGAAGUUUGUUAUUUUAUCGAUUUGUUGCGUGAACGUGUUUGGGUUCCUGAGGUCUUCAUCUCCAUCUCUAGUUUCUACCUAUAUUUACACUGCUGAAUUUCUGAACCUGCUUCUCGUCAGAUAUAUGCUCGUUGAAAGAAAGAUACGGUUGUUCAGCGAAAAUACAGUACCUCAUCAGGAGAUGGUGAAAAGGUGCAGAGAGGAGACCAAAACAAAGUGAUCCAGUUAGCUCGAUUUGCAUUUCAAAACCUCGCAAUUUCCCACAUUCCGUGAUGUGUGCAGUUGAUUUGAUCCAAGAUGAGUCGACCUCGCUCCUCGUUUCAACAGCUCGUGGAUGAAUCAUCGUCUGACGAUGACGAUGAUUUUUUUUUUGCCACGGCACAAAUCGUCCAUAGCUAUUGGCACUCUGUCAAUGCACCAAGACAUGGUGGGUCAGUCAUGGGACAUGAAGUGAUUGAUCGCAACAGAGAAGCACGGCACUUGAGAUUAUACCAAGACUACUUUUCUGAUAAUCCUACCUAUGGCCCAGUUUUAUUCAGGCGCAGGAAUAGAAUGAGCAGGCCUCUGUUUCUUCGCAUAAUGAAUGCAGUAGAGGAUCACGAUGACUAUUUUGUGCAGAAGAGAAAUGCAGCUGGUUUAAUUGGGUUCAGUUGUCAUCAAAAGGUCACUGCAGCAAUGCGUCAGUUGGCUUAUGGUAUAGCAGCAGAUGCUUUGGAUGAAUAUCUCGGUAUUGCAGAAAGUACCGCUAUAGAGAGCCUGAGAAGGUUUGUGAAAGCAGUUGUACAAGUUUUUGAACAUGAAUACUUAAGAUCACCCAAUGAGAACGAUACAACUCGAUUACUUGAACUUGGGGAGGACAGAGGUUUCCCCGGUAUGUUAGGCUCCAUAGAUUGCAUGCAUUGGAAGUGGAAGAACUGCCCUACAGAAUUGCACGGUAUGUACCAAGGGCACGUGCACGAGCCUACAAUAAUUUUAGAAGCCGUUGCUUCAAAGGAUCUCUGGAUUUGGCACGCUUUUUUUGGUAUGCCUGGGUCUCAUAACGAUAUCAAUGUACUUCAUCGAUCCCCGCUAUUUGCAAAGCUAGCUGAAGGCAAGGCUCCUGAAGUGAACUAUAGUAUAAAUAGACACGAUUAUAUGAUGGGAUAUUAUCUUGCUGAUGGCAUAUAUCCUUCUUGGGCCACAUUUGUGAAGACCAUACCAGAACCACAUGGCAACAAGAGGAAAUAUUUUGCCAAAGCACAGGAAGCAGUAAGGAAGGACGUCGAACGAGCUUUUGGGGUUCUGCAAGCUCGAUUUGCCAUUGUUCGAGGGCCAGCUCGACAUUGGAAUGAAAAGACUCUGGGAUACAUCAUGAAAGCUUGUGUUAUCAUGCAUAACAUGAUUAUUGAAGAUGAGGGAGAAGUUGAUUGGGAAGAACGGUUCCCAGAGGGAGGAGAAAAUGUCAGAGUGUCCCACGAUGAAAUACCUGAUCUUGAUGAUUUUAUCCAGAUGCACAAAAAAAUAAGGGACGACGAAACUCACUAUCAGCUACGUGAAGACCUAGUGGAGCACUUGUGGCAACAUUAUCCGGAUAAAUAUUGAGGUUUUAUUUAUAUGUUUGAAUUCCAUGUAAUAAAUAAUAUACAUAUGUGAGGAUUUGCCAAAUCAUCUUAAUUUGUUUUUCAUGAAUUGAAUAAAUGGUGUACUGUUCGGUUUAAGAAUAGUACAGGAGAAUUAAUAAAAGUGCACUUCCUUUAA